CCGGUGCUCUGCGGUCCUGGCAGCUGCGACUCUAAAGCGCCGCGGUUGCUCCGGCUGCCGAGGGUGGGGGAUCCCGGCUCCCUCCCUGUGCCGGCCGGAUGCACAGCAGCACCUGCCGCUCAGACACCGGCACCAGGCGAGGGAGACACGGGGGCCUCGUCCUCCUCUGUGGCGGCAGCAGCAGCAGCAGCCCAGAGAGCAGGAGGCCGGGAACAAAGGCUCCGCGCCAGCCUCUGCGGCUCCACCUGCCUCCCGCGGCGAUGGCUUCCCUCAGCCUUGGCGGACUGAACGUCUCGGCCCGUAGGAAGAGCGUCCAGUCCCGCAACGCGGCUGUGGAGAGGAGGAACCUGAUCACCGUCUGCAGGUUCUCUGUGAAGACUCUGAUUGAUCGUUCCUGUUUUGAGACUAUUGAUGAUUCUUCCCCUGAAUUUAAUAAUUUUGCAGCCAUUUUGGAACAGAUUUUAAGUCAUCGUCUGAAAGGUCAGAUCACCUGGUUUGGCUAUGAAAGCCCUCGUAGCUUCUGGGACUAUAUCCGAGUAGCUUGCCGUAAGGUUUCACACAAUUGCAUCUGCAGCAUCGAGAAUAUGGAGAAUGUCAGUUCUUCUAGAGCAAAGGGCAGAGCGUGGAUCAGAGUGGCACUUAUGGAAAAACAUCUGUCAGAAUAUAUUUCUGCAGCUCUAAGAGACUUCAAAACAACCAGGAGAUUUUAUGAAGAUGGAGCAAUUGUCCUGGGAGAGGAAGCAAAUAUGCUUGCUGGCAUGCUGUUGGGACUCAAUGCUAUUGACUUCAGUUUCUGCCUGAAGGGAGAGGGAUUGGAUGGCAACUUUCCAGCUGUAAUAGAUUACACCCCCUAUCUGAAGUUCACCCAAAGUUCUGAUAGCAUCAGCAGUGAUGAAGAAGAGCUAAGGACUCUGGGGAGUAGUGGCAGUGAAAGCAGUACUCCAGAAAAUAUUGGACCUCCUUUCAUCAUGGAUGAAAACAGUUGGUACAACAAAUGCAAAAGAGUAGAACAGAAGUAUCGACUCACCUUGGAGCAGAAGGGUUAUCUUGAAGAGCUAGUACGCCUUAGAGAAACCCAGCUGGCUGAAUCUGUCUCACAAAACAAGCUACUGCUACAGAGGAUUGAAGAUAUGGAUCUAGCCCAUAAAAUGGAGAAGGAACAGCUGGAGUACAUAAUUGUAGAGCUUCAGGACCAGCUAACUGUGCUAAAGAAUAAUGAUCUGAGAUCACGACAAGAGUUAACUACCCACCUCACCAAUCAGUGGCCUUCCCUGGGAGCUCUGGAUGUCAAUGCUGUUGCCUUGGAUACUCUACUCUAUAGAAAGCACAGUCAACAAUGGGAUGAUGGAUUCACCAAACUCAUCUUUUCAGUAGUUCAUGGUAGAAAAACUGAAAUAGAGACAAUAUUGAAGGAAGGAAAAGUUUUCAAAGUCUGGACCAACUCUCAGCAGAAGUUAGUCUUUCUCAGACAUCUCUGGAUCCAGGGAAGGAAGACACCCCAUCAUUGCUUGGUCUCUGUGGCUCUCUGACUUCUGUAGCAAGUUAUAAAUCUCUUACAAGUCUGAAAUCAAGUGAAUACCUUGCAAGUCCUACAGCAGAGAUGACAAGUCCAGGUCUAACUCCAUCUUGAGCAGCUAUACAUAACAAUAGCUUUUGUGUUGUAUGCAUUCAGUUUACAUGCCAUAAUUUGACUUGCUGUGAAGACUCUUAAAGGUUGAAGCAAGCUAAAGAAUAUGCUGCUUUAUUUCAUAAUGAUCUAUUUAAAGAAAAGUCACAAAACUUACAUCCAUUGUUCGUCAUGCUUUUCUUUAACAGGAUUUUUCCUGGACUUACCCUUCGAGAUCUUAAAUUGUUUAAGAAUCCCAGUCAGGUACAGAAUGUAUGUAUGAUUUAGUAACAAAUGAUUACCUUUUAGAAUGAAAUAUGUGAACAUCAGUCUUCGGCUAAACAGUCGUGAUCUAUGCUCCACAGGCUCUUAACUAGAGCACUUCCUUGUACUGCUCUGCAUAUUUGUCAACACUUGCAGAAGAGACAGAGAAUAAGUCUUGGCAGGCUAGCAAAGGAAUAUCUGAAUUCCAGUUUACAUUAUAUUACAAACCAUUCCUUGUUUAAAUAUCAUAUUUUAAUCUGCAUAUGUUCUAUUAUGUAGGAUCUCAAAUAACUUAUUUAACCUGUUAGAUGUUUUGAAAUACUGACAGGUAAGUGUUAAACUUGCAUUCCCAUUAUGCCACUUAGAGAGUUAUUUUUAAUGUUCAGAUAAGGCCAUAUUAAGAAACAGUAUACAUCCCUAGGUUUUGAUGAGGAGACAGAGUAACAAAUCUUAUACAUCAGGAUUACUUCCAACUUUUAAGAAGGGAUUAGGAGGCAAGUCACCAGGUGAUCAUGGGACCCAAAUGAGGAAGAACUUUGCAGGUAGAACGUGCAUCUUAAGUCAGUAAAACAAGAAGCAAGUAACUAUGUUAAUGUAAAGGUGGGGGAAACAUGGUGAUGUCAUCACCUUAGAGCUUUGGGAAAAAUCCCGCCCCCAUCAUGUCCACUGUAAAGGAUCUCAGGAGUAAAAAAGGAUUAGAUUGAAAAUUGAUAAUUUAAAUGACAAUAUUCUCAUGCUUGUGGAUUUUUUUCCCCCAUGGAAGAGUUUUGGAUAGGUAUUUUUCUUGGUUAUGCUGUGCAGUAAUACUUAAACAGAAGUGAAUCCUUUAAAAUUCUAUGCCUCUAAGCUACUGAUAUGAAUUACCUGAAAACAUUUUUAAAUGAAACUAAACUUCACAUCUUCCCAGUUUAACUCUCGCCUUUAAAGUUUGCAAAUUGUAUUCUUACAUCUUUGUGAGAUGUAACGAGUCCUUUAUCUAUGAAUUUUGCUAUUAAGGUAAUUCUCAUCAGUAUCUUUUAAAAAAAAUAUUAAAUGCAUGUAAGCGUGUUGUAUUUAUUAAUCAAGGGGAAAAUGUUUUGUUGUGCCAAAGAAGUUUCAAAUAUUGUUUACAUGAGUGGCUUCAGUACUAAUAAGCUUAUUUAAUUACAGCAUACUUUUAGGUAGAUUUUUGUUUACAGUCAGAUACUAUUCUGUACUCUUUGCUUUAUUUAUAUUUGCCAGAGAAAUGUGCCUCUUGUAAUCUUACCCUUGGCACUACUAGUUUUUCAAAGGGUGGGAUAAAGAAAAACAGGCAAUCUAAUCAUUCUUGUAAACAGAAGAAUGCAGGAAUGUUGCCUUGAUAAGCAUGUGAAAUUACACAUUUUCAGAACUGACUAACCCACUCUAAUGAUCUCUGAAAUAAAACUUAAUUAGAACAGUAGUGCUCCUUUCCUAAGGUCUACCAGAAUGACUAUUACUGCACAAAGUAAUGUCCUGGUUCUUGCACUAAGAACAUGAUCUCAUGGCAGUUGAGUGGCUUAACUGAACAGCAUUCAUUAAAUAUUAAUUUCUAAACUAAAGAUGCAUUUUUAAUGCAAAGACAAUGAGAGAAGCAGGAUUCCAUAAAGUUAACAUUACCAAUUUGUGUACAGUAACUUGAGCAACUUGUGGUGUUUUAAACACUUCUCCCAGUACAUCACUGUUCUUUGGCUAUAAUCAUGAUUUUCUAGUCAUGUCAGCAGAUAGCUCUGUUGGAGGAGCUUAUAUAAAAUUCAUCUGUCAUGUAAUUUAAGUUUUAUGUAAUCUUUCACACUAGUAUUAGUUUGUAAAUGUCAGUGUUUGUGCAUGAGGAAGCUGAUUGCAUGUGUGUGUCAGUUCUAAAUGCUGUCCAUUUUUCUGAAAUAUUUGAACAAAAAUAAAUGCCAAAAUUGUAUGUGUAUUUUGUUGCCAUGCUAUAUUAUAACUGUUGCAUGUAAAUUAAACAUUUUAUAUCGUUGCCACUAUUA